AUGUUGGUGGCAAUAGUGCUGUUGGCUUUGUUGUCUGGUGUGGUAAGUUUCCGGAGUCAAUCAGUUGCAGUACGUGGUCGUCUAAUGUGUGGCUCGAGUCCGGCUUCCAAUGUACGCAUAAAGCUCUGGGAAGAAGAUAGCGGACCGGAUCCAGAUGACUUGCUUGAUCAGGGUUACACGGAUCAAAAUGGUGAUUUUUUGCUUCAAGGUGAUACUGUUGAACUGACACCAAUCGAUCCUGUUUUUAAAGUUUAUCAUGACUGUGACGAUGGGCUGAAGCCUGGUAAAAGGAAGGUGAAGUUCAAGAUACCGCAGUCAUACAUUACCAAUGGGAAAACACCGAAGAAAGUUUUUGAUAUUGGUACUUUAAAUUUGGAAACGAUAUUUCAUCACGAAGAACGUGAAUUAAUUGUAUCGUAA